UUUGGCUGCGAAGGGGAAGAAAAAUUACGAUCAAGAUCCCGAAAAGUUCGUCGGUCUGAACAAGAAAUCAGUUUAUCCACUGACUGUCGAGACCAAGUUUUGAACAAGUUUUUGGUUGUGAACAUGAGUAUUUUGAUCUUCAAGAACAAGCCUUGAUAAGAUGUCCGCAUCCGGUGCUCCCUUGCAAGGGAGAAGAGCUGCUGAUCGUUCUGAGGCCUUACAGCGCAUGACCAAGGAUGUCAUGGAUAGAAUGGAAACGGUGUCCGGCGAACUCCUAGCCUUAGUCUAUGGAUCUCUGGUAUCCCAACUGCUGCUGGACUACGAUGGAGAUGCCGAGGGGAUGAAUCAGCAGUUGUUUGGCGUCGGCGAACAAAUGGGUGCGCGUCUGAUUGACGAAUUCCUUGGAAAAACAGCGAACAUCAUGAGCCUCUUCCCCUAUUGUUGCCAGGAUUUUCCAGAACUUUGCGAGGUGGUUGCCUAUGUGGGAUUCAAACUCUACCUGGGAACUUUAUGAAGAUGAACUUGUAUCUUCGCGUGGUUCUUACAGUUUUAUUUCCUUCGUGAAAUAAAAUCCCACAGAUGACAUUAUUCGGAUCAUCUCAUAAAAACUCGUCUACUUACUUAACUGUUGUUUCUCCAAAUGGGCUAAUUUUCUUUCACAGGUAUGGGUAACGCUCCAGAGGUAUAUUCUUAGUUUCAAUCUCUAACAGUUCCAGCAGAAAUCCAAAAUUGGAACUCAGACCAAACCGCUUGUGAGUUCCUCCUUCGACAAAACCCACUCAAUGAGUUCGUGGAGAUGCCGGCAGAAUUUCAGAUGAAAGAAUUGUGGUACAGUAACGUCAUCGCAGGAGCGGUGAAGGUUAUGGAUUUGGAUUUUCUAGUGCUUGGUAUUAUCAGAAACAGAUAAAAUUAUACUUGCACUUGGAAGGAAGUCUAAAAUCGUUAUAACAUACACAGACUCUUAAAUUACUUAUACACCGACAUUGUGACUCAUUCGUAAUCGUAUCGGAAUAGAGGCGCUUGUUUUCUAAUAAAAGUGCCCUUGGAGCAGUGGGUAUCAAGGUCCACUGUUUCUUCGUGCAAGACGCAUUGCGGGAUAGCAGUGACAACUUAACAAGAAUCCGAGUGGAGCUUGUCGAGUAUGUAGUGGAAGAAUUCGAGGACUGAUCGAGGAUGGCUUCUUGGAAGAUUUUAUUUUAUUUUAUUUUAUGACGAGUAGUGUAGGUACUAUCGUACAGCUUGAAUGGUUCUGGUAUUUGGUAACCUGAAUUUGAUCCUAAGGGAAAACAAGAAGAGAACCCUUAGGAUCAAAUUCAGGUUACCAAAUACCAGAACCAUACACAGCUGGCACUGUACACAAGAUAGCGCAAUGUGAUCAUACAAUAAGUAGGUGCCAGUAACUACUACCUAUAUUUCUCGGCUCUUAUCUCACGCUUACCAGUUAUUUUAUGACGAGGUCUGUCUACUCAUCUGACAACAUGGAAGACUUUGAGGAUUUGGAUGAAGCCGUUUUUGACGCAAUGGAUGCAUGGGGCAUAGAAAUUUAGUGAAGAUACUAGAUGAAGAUGUUGACGAUGAAAAAUUGAAGACCAGCUGCAGAGGACGUAUCAUGUUGGCCAUGCUUUUCAUCAUUUGGAAUCAAC